AUAUACUCACUCGAAUUAUUUUUAGUUAAUUUAUUUGUUUUUAUCCUCUUCGCCAUGAACUAUGCAUUCUGUGUUGGAAUCCAUAAUUGUUGUCGGCGGGAAGCUGCACUGCUUUCAGGCAAAGUUGGAUCUGGGGGGAAGAGGAAGGCAUUAUAAUCUCUUAUCACUUCCGGGGGCUAAGUCCGGUUUCUUACAUUUCACUUUUUACAUCUAAUCUUGGUCGACAUUUCCAUGCAGUUCUAUCUGCUGGACAGAAAUUUCGGUUCCUAAUUGUUAACAAAUCAGAUUAAAUGAGAGGUUGAUCAGUGGCAUGUAUGGAGGUCAGACAUCGGUCAAUGAAAGACUUAUACCAAAGGAGGUUUCACAGAAACAAAGAAAAACAUGUAGAGAGGCCGCCCUUCCGAAUCGCCAUCCGUGGCAAGACUGCAAACUGCAGGCUUCAACCAUUGAAACUGACCAUCCUCGUGGUUUUGUUCGCCAAUUUUCUAGCACUCCUCUACUCUCCAUCUAUCUGUCAUAACAACCGUUCAUCACAUGCCGUUCCCCUGACAUACUUCGUUAGCAGAUGGAUACUGGGUGCUUCAGAUCCGCGAUAUGUAUCGCAUUUGGAGACUGAUUGGAAUGAAGUUGGACAAGUUAUAGACACAGCUUUUGAAAUAAACAAAGCAGAGGGAGUAGGCCUUUUGAAUUUCAAUAAACAUGAAAUCAAUCAUUGGAAGCAGCUUAUUCCCAAUGCAGAGCACGCUGUGCUUCACCUAGAUCCGGUCCAAAAGAAUGUGACAUGGGAUUCAUUGUACCCAGAAUGGAUCGACGAAGAACAAGAAGAGGAAGUUCCUAUUUGUCCAGAUUUACCCAAGCUCGAAGUACCCCGAAAACGGUUUGAUCUCAUCGCCGUGAAGCUUCCCUGCAAGGGAGAUGAGAACUGGACAAGAGAUAUUGCUCGUCUGCAUCUGCAGCUUGCAGCAGCUGGGCUAGCAGCUGCUUCCAAAAGCUACCAUAAUGUGCAUUUGCUCUUUGUCACCAGUUGUUUUCCGAUACCAAAUCUUUUCACCUGCAAGGAGCUUAUUUUACGCCAAGGUAAUGUAUGGUUGUACCAACCAAACUUGAAUGUGCUUAGGGAGAAAAUGCAGCUUCCAGUUGGGUCAUGUGAACUUGCUCUUCCAUUUAAACCAAAAGAGAGCGGCUAUUGGGGAAAUGAGCAUCGAGAAGCAUAUGCGACGAUCCUGCACUCGGCCGAUGUCUACGUCUGCGGGGCCAUAACUGCAGCCCAAAGCAUCCGAAUGUCUGGAUCCACGCGAGACCUCGUGAUUCUUGUGGACGAAACAAUCAGUGGAUACCACAGGAGUGGGCUCGAAGCCGCCGGCUGGAAAGUCCGAGAAAUCCAGAGGAUAAGGAACCCGAAAGCCGAGAAAGACGCCUAUAAUGAAUGGAAUUACAGCAAGUUCAGGCUAUGGCAAUUGACGGAUUACGACAAGAUCAUCUUCUUCGACGCCGACAUGCUUAUACUCAAGAACAUCGAUUUCCUAUUCAGCAUGCCCGAAAUCUCUGCAACUGGAAACGACGCAACUCUUUUCAACUCAGGUGUGAUGGUCAUAGAGCCAUCGAACUGCACGUACCAGCUCUUGUUGGAUCACAUCGACCAGAUCGAAUCCUACAAUGGGGGAGACCAGGGGUACCUGAAUGAAAUCUUCACGUGGUGGCAUCGGAUUCCCAGGCACAUGAACUUCUUGAAGCAUUUUUGGGACAUGGACGACGAGGAUGAGAAGGAGAAGAAGACGGCCAAUUUUGGGGCGGAGCCGCCGGUUCUUUUCGUUCUGCACUAUCUGGGGCAGAAGCCAUGGCUGUGCUUCCGGGACUACGACUGCAACUGGAACGUCGAGAUGUUGCAGGAAUUUGCGAGCGAUGUGGCGCACUGGAGGUGGUGGAAAGUGCACGAUUCGAUGUCGGAGCUGCUGCAGCAGUUCUGCUUGCUGAGAACCACUCAGAAGGCGCAGCUGCAGUGGGAAAGAAUGCAGGCCGAGAAGGGGAACUACACGGAUGGGCACUGGCAGAUAAAGAUUCAAGAUAAGAGGCUGAAGAGGUGCAUUGACAAUUACUGCUCGUGGAAGAACAUGCUGAGGCACUGGGGUGACAAGAAUAGUUCGGCUGAUCAGAAAGGACCUUUUACGCUUCCUCGCCGUGGCCUGCCUUGACGUCUAAGGCAUUGAUUUUUUUUUUUUUUUUUUUUAAUGAGCAGCUCUUGCCCUUGUUUUGACCAUAUUUAGAUUUAGUGUCGUGUAACUGUGUGCUGGAGACAAAAGUAUUUAGUUCAGAUUAAUUUCUUUUUCUUCUUUAGUUUUUGAAUUAAGUUCUUAUACAGGCAUGAAAGUGGAUUUCUGUUAUGGGUCAACCCUACCAUGGUCGGAUGAUCCAUUAACAGGUAAUGCAUAGAAACAAAAAUCUUUUACUGGGAAUUCUCUCAUGUAUAAAACAUUGCGG